GGGCCUGAGAGCUAUUUCCUCCCGCAGCCUCCUCCUACCCAGCGAUUCUUGUCUAGCUGCUACCAGAAGCUGACUGCCCCCCGGGCUGGAAUCCUGUGCUCCCUCCCUCUGUGCCCAGCGCCCGCCAUGUCGGCCAACGCCACGAAGCUCCUCUGCCCGCUCCUCGAGGAGAUGACGCGCCUCCAGAAGCACAGCAACUCCAGCAUCCGCUACAUCGACCACGUGUCGGUGGUGCUGCACGGGCUGGCCUCCCUGCUGGGCCUGGUGGAGAACGGACUCAUCCUCUUCCUGGUGGGCUGCCGCCUGCGCCAGACCGUCAUCACCACCUGGGUGCUGCACCUGGCGCUGUCCGACCUGCUGGCCACUGCCACGCUGCCCUUCUUCACCUACUUCCUGGCCGUGGGCCACUCGUGGGAGCUGGGCACCACCUUCUGCAAGAUACAUUCCUCCAUCUUCUUCCUCAACAUGUUCGCCAGCGGCUUCCUGCUCAGCGCCAUCAGCCUGGACCGCUGCCUGCAGGUGGUGCGGCCCGUGUGGGCGCAGAACCACCGCACGGUGGCAGCGGCCCACAAGGUCUGCCUGGUGCUCUGGGCCCUGGCCGUGCUCAACACCGUGCCCUACUUCGUGUUCCGGGACACCAUCCCGCGGAUGGACGGGCGCAUCAUGUGCUACUACAACGUGCUGCUCCUCAACCCCGGGCCGGACCCCGACGCCACGUGCAACUCGCGCCAGUUGGCCCUGGCGGUCAGCAAGUUCUUGCUGGCUUUCUUGGUGCCGCUGGCCAUCAUCGCCUCGAGCCACGCAGCGGUGAGCAUCCAGCUGCGCCAACGCGGUCGCCGGCGGUCGGGCCGCUUCGUGCGCCUGGUGGCGGCCGUGGUGGCGGCCUUCGCGCUCUGCUGGGGGCCCUACCACGUCUUCAGCCUGCUGGAGGCGCGCUCGCACAACAACAGGGCGCUGCGGCCGCUCGCCUGGCGCGGGCUGCCCUUCGUCACCAGCCUGGCCUUCAUCAACAGUGUGAUCAACCCGCUGCUCUACGUGUUCACCUGCCCCGACCUGCUGCGCAAGCUGCGGCGCUCGCUGCGCAGCGUGCUGGAGAGCGUGCUGGUGGACGACAGCGACCUCGUCACCGGCAGCAGCCGCCGGCGCCGCGCCUCCUCCACCACCGUGGUCCCCCGCCCACGCAGGUCCCAGCGCCUGCUGGACUGGCUGCGUGGUGGCCACGCUGCGCCGUCGGCGAAGGCCCGGGCCGGGUCCCAGGAGGAGAGGGGCCCCCUGAGCCGGGCACUGAGCACCACCUCUGAUUAGAGGCACGGGGCCCGCCUUGCCAUUCUCCCCGGAAGACGAAGACAAAGGCAAAGGCAGAGGCAAGGCAGCGAUCCAGCGCCAAAGCAUCCUGAAGCCACCACCUGUUGAAAUGUAGAUAGCCCAGUUCCAGCCUGAGAGCUUAGUCCGGAGGGCAGGCCCCGAGAAUCUGCAUUUUAUAGUGCCCGGCGUGACUCAGUGAGGCCUUUCCACUGACGGAGUUAAAGAAGUCUUUGCAAACUUCACUGCGCACAGGCCGCCCCAGGACCAGUGGGUGGGGCCGAGAGGCUGUAUUUCUAACAAGCUCCCAGGAGUAGAUGUCGGUGCUGCUGGGCCACGGGCCGCACCUGGGGUAACACUGGGUUAAGACCACCUGAGACUUCUCCAACCAGGGUUGCAGGCUGCUUCCACACGCACACAGGAUGUAUCUCCCUGGAGCUCAGCUUCACCAGGUGACUGGGGGGAGGAGGGGACUUUUUAUGACACCAGUGAUGUCGUUUUGGAGUGGGAAAGAGGGAAAGGUUUGGGGAACACUGUUCCAGCCUGGCUUCUUCCCAUUAGCUGUCUGUCUACCCAGCGUUUACUGGGCUGGGUGUUUCAUUCCACGUUCUUGCGGGCUAGGUUCUAUUCGCCCCAGUUCUCACAGACACAUGCAUCCAGGUGCAGGGAGGUUACAUGCCCCGAGUACAGGCCUGCAUGCUGACCGGGAAGCAUCGCUUGCUCAUUGACUGUUUAGUAAGUGACAAAACAUCCUGACGCACCCCAGGGAGUAGGAAAGUAACUGUGUGGGAGCCUC